UUAAUUGGGCAGGUGAGCAGGUUGAGGAACACGAGAAGGAGGCGGCUGGCUGCGGGAACAUUUGAUCCGCAGACAGGUUGGAAACUCAAGCGUCCUUCGGCGCACCCAGCGGGCGUAUUUAAGAGUGAGCCAGCUGUCAGCGGGCACCACAAAGCCUUAUCUCUCUCUCUGCUGCUGCUGCUGCUGCUGCUGCUUUGGACCUGGACGGAGAGGAAACCGAGCCAACAGCGGACCAGCAUGUCGCUCACCUCCAUUCUUUCAGCUGAGGCCAUUGAAAAUGCUGUCAAGGACUGUCAAGCGCCGGAGUCCUUCUGCCACAAAAAGUUCUUCCAGCUGUGUGGCUUGUCCUCAAAGACGCCCCAGGAAAUCAAAGAUGUCUUCCAGAUCCUCGAUGAGGACAACAGCGGCUUCAUCGAAGAGUCUGAGCUCAAGUUCUUCCUGCAGCGGUUUGUCCCCGGAGCGCGGACACUGAGCCCGGCAGAAACCAAGAGCUUCAUCUCAGCAGCUGAUGAUGACAGUGAUGGCAGAAUUGGAGUAGAGGAGUUCCAGACUAUGGUCCUGUCCUGAGUUUCACAACGAAGUCCGCUCCUCACCUCUGGAGUCUUCUGAUCCCAGCUUCCAUUCCCAGUGAUUUAUUUUGUUUUCUACUAAAUUCUGUGUGCGCUCAGUGUUUUUAAAUGACCUUUUGUCCAUUUAAAGACAACAGACUUUUUCAUGUGUCUUUCCACUGUGUUGGUCAAUGUUUCUUUUCUGUGCACACCUCACUC